UGAAUUUCAGAACCUCCAAUACUAUGUUCAUAUUUUUGCUGCAAGUUGGUUCCUUCUUCCUAGCCGUAUUACUUUCAAGACGAGGUGCAAUGGAUGUGACACACAGGUUCCUGCAUCACUCUUACUGUGUCCGAUACACAUUAAAAACGUAUAUCUAUGUGUUAGUCCAACCGUGUCACGCAGAUUUAGUUCUCAAGCCUUUCACUUUGGUCUCUAUGAAGUGUGUGAGAUUUGUCCUGUUCGUUGUCUCACUGGCCGGAGGACGGCCCCCGAUAUCGUACGGUAUCUCACUCCCACUGAUGUCAUCCCGAUUAAAAAUGUCCCUGAAUUUGAUCUAUAGUCCCACCUUCUUCAGCUCCGGAUCCCCGUGGAUCCCGUCACAGAACCACCUGUAAAUGGACACUCCCACUGACACAAGUUCCCAGUUACUCCAUGCUCUAGGGCGGUUACGCACUGGGAACGGGACGCAAGGAGAGCAGCUUCAAGUUUUUUAAACGCCGGCGAGAAAAACAGAGACACUAUUUGAAGAGGAGGAGUGACCGGUUUUGAAGGCACCACGGCGGGCGAGCAGAGCACCUGAGAUCGGGACGGAGGGAGUCGGAUGGAAUCACAGUAAGUGAAGGACUGCAGGGAGCAGCUGGAUAACAGAGAUCCUGGAUGGAUUUGUACAUGUUAAGUCAUUGAGCAAUGCUUACCCGAAUGAUGGAUACCGUCACUUUAAUCGAUGCGCCUCAUCAAGAGGCCGCAAUUAGCUACCCAUGAAUAUGACGGUAGCUCCUAAAUGUGCUGAAGCUCUCAAACUUUGCCCCACACCAUUUACUCCAGCCCUUGACACCAAUUCUGUGCCAUUACCAAACAGAAGCUUUCUGAUGGCACCACCAGUAUCACCACCACCACCACCGCCUCCCCUGCCGCCACCACCACCACCACCACCACCAUUCUCCGAAUCAACAUCUCCAUGUCUUCUUCAGAAGUCCAAAUUGAGAAAAGUUAACUGGAUCACCAUUCCAAAGGAAAAGAUUUUGGGAAAAGAUAACAUCUGGACAGCGGAUAAGUAUGAUGAUGACUUUCAGUUAGACACUUCAGCAAUGGAGGAGUUAUUUGAACAGGUGCUGAAUGUGUCAGUGAAUAAGCAGAACAGUCGGCAAAGUUUUAGAAGCAGUUGUCCAUACCGUACCAGUGAAAAGGUUUAUCUACUGGAUUCCAGAAGAAGCAUGAAUGUGGGAAUAUUUCUCAAACAGUUUAAAAGAUCUGUGAAAGAGAUUGUGGAAGACAUUAGACAUGGAACUACAAAAGGAUAUGGAUCUGAAGAAUUGACUAAGCUGUUGAAACUAUUGCCAGAAGCUGAAGAGGUGAAACAUCUAAAAAUGUUUCAAGGGGACCAGAAUAAACUGCCUGAGGCAGAUCUCUUCAUGCUGCUGCUGGUGAGAGUGCCAAGCUACUGCCUACAUUUGGAAGCUAUGAUCCUGAAGGAAGAAUUUGAGCCACAAGUACAAUCACUUCUGGCAUCUGUUUCUGUAUUGAUGGAGGCUGCUCAUGAACUGCAGAACUGUCAUGAAUUGCAUACUAUAUUGAGGUUGGUGUUGAAGGCUGGAAACUUGAUGAAUGCAGGAGGAUAUUCAGGAAAUGCUGCAGGAUUUCGCCUUGCGUCAUUAUUGAAACUCGCUGACAUAAAAGCAAAUAAACCUGGCAUGAACCUGAUGCACUUUGUGGCCAUGGAGGCAGGAAAAAAAGACAAGAACCUUCUCUCCUUUCCGGAUAAACUCGAACACAUUGGUGAAGCUGCUAGGUUAUCUGAAGAUGGGUUGACAGAAGAGCUAAAUAAACUGGAGGAAAGACUUGAUUCUCUCCAGACAAAUUUGCAUGAAGAUCCAGAGCUUGAAGCACAGAUAACAUCAUUCCUGCAGACUGCAAAGAAAGAACUGAAAGUAAUAUGGGAAAAAAUGAAAUUGUUCCAGAAGUUGAGAAACUCUUUGGUAGAAUAUUUCUGUGAAGAUGAAAAGUUUAAGGUGGAAGAAUACUGCAUUGUUCUCAAAAGCUUCUGUGAAAAAUUCCAAACAGCAAUUCAGGAGAAUACAAAUCGUGAAAUUGCAGAACUGAGGAGGCAACAGAUGGAGAAGAAAAAUGCAGAAAAACGGCACUCCAUAGCUAUUUGUUCCACGGUCGAGAAUGAACUGGGUCAAGAUGAACUGGAAAGGGCACUUUCCAGAAAUCUAAGACAUCAGAGUAUGAGGCGAUGGAAUUGCAAGUCUUUCAAUCAGGAUACUUCCUCACUUCCACAUUGGACAAAAAGCCCACAUGCCUCUGGUGAAGUGGCACAAAUGGAUCAAGAACGUGAUACUAGUCGCGUAAUUAAAGACUUUCAUGAUAUUGAACUAGCAGAUCUCAUGAGGAAGGUAUCUGCGAAGGUUCUGAAUCAACAGUUGUGUGUUAUGCAAAGAGCGAAUCCUGUUCCAAAAGAAAGUGUGAACAUUCUGAACCAGGAACCUGAGACAAUCAAAGAAACAGAAAAAUCUGAGAAAGAACCCACAGCAUCCCAGCAAACUCUUCCACUCAGUAAGGAUUAUUCAAAACCGAAUGACAGAACGAUGUGCAGCACUCCAACCAAAAGACUAAAAUCUAAUGAAAAUAUAGUGAAAAAAUCAAAACCUAGUCAUUGUUCGAAGUGGAAAAGGGAGUCCUUGGAGCGAAAUGAGGAACAAUCUGCAGCUGCAAAGGGGAAACGAUCAAACCAAUCUUCACCAACUGCCAAAAAGACUUACACUGGAGUAAAAACCAGUGUUCAUCAGAAGGAUCCUUUUGACAAGGCAAAUCAACAGUGGGACACAGGGUUAAACAAAGAUAACAGGCAAAGUUUGAUUACAAUUAGAAAAAGCAAAGUGAACAACAAUGAUCCAAACUCGAUUCUUGCUCAAGAGCAGAAGGCAAUACAUCUGGGAGACAAAGAGCACGUUUCUGAAAAAUUAUCUCCCAGGCCAACUUUAACUCAAAGAAAUUUACAAUCACCUAAACAGAGGCAAUCUGUCACAUCACCAGUAAGUAUUAAACACAUGAGUAGCAUCAAAGAGAAACAAGAGGGACAUCAAGUAUCUGAGAAGGAAACACUAAGGAUUGGGAGAAAAUCUAUCCAAAGUCAAAAGGAAAAGUUCACCUCUUCUCAAGCCACUUCCCCAAUAACCGGUGCUCAAAACCAAUCAGAGACUGCAAAAUCAGAUACUAGGAAUCUUCAUGCCAAACAAUCUAUGCCACUCAAGAAACCAAACUCUGAGCAAGUUACGAGUGUAAAACCUCAAUCAGAUUCCCUCACAUACAAAGGAGCAGCUGAUCAGUCCAGACCUUUGAAAAAGAGUAGACAGCCAGUAUGGCGGUGAUAUGAGAUACUACUGAAACCUAGAUGAUAAUGCUGUAUUUUGCGAUCAGACCAGUUACCUGGACUAAUAUUCUCGAAACAAAUCUUUCUGCCAUUUAAUAAGAUGAUUGAGAUAUUGAUCACAAGGUUUGGUGGUAAAAACGAAAUAUAAUAGAAGGCUAGUCAUUAAAAUGAUUUGUUUGUCUGAACACAAAAAAAGGAAAGGCCGAUUUUAGAAACUGUGAACAAGCCAUUAUUCAGUUCCUUUUGCUUCAUACAGCAACAGAAUUGCACAAAUAUUUUCCUGAUCUUAGAAUAACAGAUUGGAUGUAUGGUAAAUGGCUUGGCCAGCUUCAGCCGGAAGGGAAAUCGUUUUUGCGUUGAGGGUGUGGAAGUGAGUCUGCCUGGCACUUCCUGUUUUGAUCUGUGUUUUUGAUUCCCAGGAUUCAAAAAGCUGUGCAAGCUCAAAAUUCUGACAUUAAGAACAACAAAGCAAAAAUGGUGCCAAUAAGUGCUGGAUCAUCAUAUCACAUACAUUAUACAUUUCGGCUUUAAACAAAAAUUCCCCUUCGACUUUCAUUUGUUAGUUGAAAUAUAAUUUUAAAUGUUGAAUUAUUUAGUAACUUGUAUAAAUACACAUAAACAUCGUGAAACAUGAGCUACUAUCACAAGACUGAAUUGAAGGGCAUAAUUUUAAAUGUCAAGUCCAUGCCAAAUGUCAAGAUGUGGCCCUUGUGGCUAAAGGGAUCAGGGGGUAUGGAGAGAAGGCAGGUACAGGAUACUGAGUUGG